AUGUCUUCCCUUGGUAGCUCGUCAUUCGAACCCCCCACCACUCCUUCCUUCUCCCUUCCCACCAUCACUGAGCAUGCGACUGCUCCUGCCACUCCAGUUGGAGGCAGUCUCAUUCCAGCCAGGGAUAAAGAUGUCCAUCUCGAAUUUGGAGUAAACAGCCUUGCCGGCCAGGAACAAGAGAGCGUUGAAGACAUAGAAAUGGGCGAAGACGCUCAAACAAGCGAUGAUGCCGAGAUGGAAGAUGUUGCUAGCACCGCAGACGUGCUCUCAGCAGCUGUCUCAAGGACAGACACUCUCAGCCCUUUCGAGCCAACUCCCGUUGAUUCACGUGCACCUGGCGAUGUUCCAACAUUGAGUCCGAUCAAUGAACAAAGCGGACAUUGCUGCAAGGAUUCCCUAAGAGCAAGCGGCGAUCUGGAUGAGCCACGUACAUCAGUUGCAGAACCUCCCGAACGCGUCCAUGAUGCCUCUACGCCGCAAACUGAAACCAGCUCAGAAGUUGUUUCCGACUCCUCCGAAUCUGCCUGUACCUCUUGUCCCCAGGAAGCAAAAAAGCCUGCCCGUGAAGAUAAAACCGUGGUGAAGGUGUGCAAAGUCGCAAAAGAACCAAAAUGGGAGGUCCACGGAAUCCUGACUUCCGCCAUUCUUUCGGACGGCCUGCUGUACCAUCGGGUGUCCUGGAAGGGCUAG